AUGCGUCCUCCCCUACGGAUCGCGGUCUUGGAAUGCGAUACCCCGCUCCUCGACACCGAGAGUCGCUAUCAUGGAUACGGAGGGGUCUUCGCUGCUCACCUUAAAGCUAGCGCGAAGACACUCAAUCAGAGCGAACGUCUAGAUCCUGAAACCGAUCUCCAGAUUUCAAGAUGGGACAUCUUGAGCAGGAUGGAAUACCCAAAGCUGGAAGAUAUCGAUGCCGUGCUUCUGAGUGGCUCAAACGUGCCGUGGACCAACCGACUCGUUGAAUUCACCCAGUCAGUGCUAGCUCAAGAUCGCGUCCGUUUGCUCGGAAUCUGCUUCGGCCACCAGAUUGUGGCGCGCGCACUCGGUGUGAGUAUCGGUCCCAGUGACCAAGGUUGGGAGACUGCGGUCUGUGAAGUGGACUUGACAGACAAAGGGAAAGACUUGUUUGGAAAGGACAAGCUCUGUAUCCAGCAAAUGCAUCAAGAUGUUGUCUCCGAGUGUCCUUCAGCAGUGACUCUCCUCGGGUCCUCACCACGCUGUGCUGUCCAGGGUAUGUACUCGCCCCGCCGCUUCAUAACGGUUCAAGGACAUCCCGAGUUCAAUGAGGAGAUAGAGAUUGAGAUUGUCAAUCAUCUGACCAAGGAGGGCGUAUUCAGUGAAAUUCAAGCGCAGGAGGCCCUGAGCAGGGUUGGAAAUGAGCAUGAUGGUGUUUCUAUCGGAGGGACCUUUCUUAAGUUUCUACUGGACGAGUAA